GGGGAUUUUAAAGGCAAAUGGGAGUUGGUGCUGUAAGCAGGGGCAAUGGAAGAAAAUGAAAGCCAGAAAUGUGAGCCGUGCCUUCCUUACCCAGCAGACAGCAGACACACGCGGGAACAAGGAAAAAGCAAUCUGCAUGUAACGUCAUUAGAAGAUGCAGAAUGCCGAAGAACCAAGGAACGCCUUUCUAAUGGGAACAGUCGAGUUUCAGUGUCCAAGGCUUCCCGAAACAUCCCGCGGAGACACACCCUAGGUGGGCCCCGAAGUUCCAAAGAAAUACUGGGAAUGCAAACAUCUGAGAUGGAUAGGAAGAGAGAAGCUUUCCUGGAACAUCUCAAGCAGAAAUACCCCCAUCAUGCCACAGCAAUCAUGGGCCACCAGGAGAGGCUGAGAGACCAGGUUUUCAGGCAGUAUGCUGCACACCCUGCACACAUGUGAAGGUGAGUGGUGAAGAGUGUGUAAUGUUGUGGGCCUAUCAGAUGGAACUUUGAACUGAAGCAUUGAUUUGACAAAAUGUCGCGUGGGGCGCAGCACACUACAGUUAAGAGGCUUCAUGUCUGUCAGGCUUGCACCAAUAAGUAUUUCCGGAUUAAUGGGAUGUGAAGGACUGUGCUUCAUGUGUACUCACCGAGAUUAUAGCUGGGAAGGUCAUGAAUUCUACUCAGACAGCACCAAGAUGCUGAAAGGAGAGCAGGUUGCUGGUGUGGUGGUAUGGAUAGUGGUUGUACAUGAGAAAUGAAUGUGCUGUAAUUACUGUUGACUGAUGUUAUCUUUUGCAUUCUUUGUCCUCCCUCUAUCUCCCCAUACCCCUUUCUUUGUUCCUUCUUUUGUUCCUUUGGUUUUUAAAC